AGAAAAACAACGAAGAAAGAAGCUGCUGGAGGAAAGACACGAGGAGCGAGUGGUUGGAUUUAAUCACCACAGAAGAAAAGAAACAGAAUAUUUGUAGAAAUACUUCGAUCGUCGUUAACGGUAGCUCUGGCGAUGGACAGCAUGCGAGCCGUGUUCUACCUGUCCGUCUGUCUGUCUGCGCUGACAUCACUGUGUCAGGGUCAGAGGUCGGCCGACGGCCGUCUGCCGUCCCCGCCGGACCAGCCGGUCGUCGGGCUCACGGCCGAGGAGCUGGCGGAGGCUCUGCAGGGUCUCCUGGGGGGUGAAGCUGACAGCGGUGUCGGUCUCUCGGUGGAGAAGAAGGCCUCCGUCAUCCCUCGGUGUGACGUGGGCGAGCGCUGUGCGAUGAAACAUGGACCUCGAAUCGGCCGCCUGUGCGACUGCCUGCGAGGAACCGCCUGCAACACCUUCUUCCUGCGCUGCUACUGAACGCACACACCUUGACUUCCACACCUGUGAGGACGUGACGUCUAAAAGCUGAGAAGAAGAAAUGUCCUGACAGAGAUAGAAGAACACACACACCUGUCUCACCUGCCUGUCUCUCUGCAUGUUUCUGUCUUUGUUUUAAAGU